GUGCCCGUCACGGCGACUCAUUCCUGUAAUGGCCGCCGUCUGGCGUUGUUAGUGAGCGUGCGGGUACUGUUGUCGGGAACAGUUGCGUUUACGACGUCGGAUAGCAUCCGAAAUAGCCGCGGAGAGCCGGCCAAGACCGAGAACGGUGACAAUCGGAGUGCGGCGCGAGUGCGCGAUGUGCCGUGUCGUGUCGUGUCGCGGCUAAUUCGCGCCGGUGGCGAUUUCAAACGAGCGACUUGGAUUUCGUACAUAUAGUGGCGUAUGUGUGUGUGUGUGUAUGCGCGCUCUCUCUCUUCUUCUUUUUCUCUCUCUCUCUCUCUUCCUAUCCGUCCAUCCGUCCGUCUGUUUACCCGAAGCAUCGACCGCGACGAGUGUCAACGACUCGUCCGAAAAUCGUUGCGUCGUCGAUCGGUGUCAUCUUUCUUGUUUUACCUCUUCCAUCCCCGUCCCGCCUUUUCGCGAAACGCGAGAAGACGCCGCUGAUGCAACGGCGUCGUCGCCGGGCUUCCUCACCCUCUCACCCCGCUGACAGAUAAUAAACACGUCGAGUGACAGCAUGCGCGAGUGAAGAGAAAAAACAACGCGGCCGUUGUUUUUAUCGCUUUCUUUUCAACUCGCGUCGAUAUAAUCUAGCCGCGAUUAGUUUGGAGGAGAACGAGAUCCAUUAUCGCUUCGGCAGAGUCGUUUGAAUUCUUCCUCACGUGGUUCAAGGUCAUUCUAAAAGCAUCACGAGCGAGAACGAGAGGACGAAGCGACGCUCUCCACGCGACGCCGCGCGAGAGAGCUGUCAGCGACCGUAUCGUCAGACUUUCUUCCGAUGUUUUCGUCUCUCGAUCCCUGGGAUACGUGACGACGCCGAGUGUUACAACGUCCCCUCGAUAUCCGAUGUACCGAAGAUCUGAAUCAACCCGCGAGGAGUCGUCCCCCGAUGACGAGGAGAGAAGAACCGUGCCAAGUUCCGGUGUUGCGGUCUUCCUACGCUUCCCUUCGAAUCUGUGACGUUAUCCUGGGCCGCGCAUUGCCCCUCUCUUCAAGGAUAACGUUUCAUCUGUGACCGACCGACUGUGAUUUCAACGUGUGACGCCACUGCCAAAAAAAAGGAUACAAACUUGCGUCGAUUGCGCGAACUUGCGUCUUCGGCUCCGCUUCCUUCGCCUUCCAGUGUCGAGGACGAGUGUCUUCCACGUUGCACCAGAAAUAUAUAUUCAUCAUCGUGUACCGAAAUUCUUCUACGUCUUCCGCGGCUUCCAAUGUCCUUAAGCCAAAAGGACUUCUCGGCUUCUUUAAAUUUCGUUUGAAGUACAUUCGGCACACAAGAGAGUAAAGGAGGAUCGAUUCUUCCACCGUGUUACAACAUCGAAUUCCUCGAGGAUGUCUCUUGACUAGAUCGCAAACUCGAUUGACUGUACGUUCUAUUCAAAGAUAUAGAUUGCACUGACAAUGAGCCUUGCGUCCAUUACUUCCAUCAUCUGAACACGUUCGAAGUGUCGUCUUCGUAUCUAGAAUCCACAACUUUUCUCCACACUUCGGAUACGUGAGGACGACGCCGUGACGACCGAGAUCGAGAGGCGCAUCUUCGAGCCGGCCGCGUGUGAUGCGUCGCACGCAGGGCCGUCGUUGUUGUCUCGCGUCAGCUUGCGCGACCGUCUCGUCGCAAUAACGGCGAAGAUGUUCGGGAAGGUGCCGCCGUCGAAUACGCCGGGUCCGCCUAAUAAUAACGGCGGCCAAGCGUCAGCCAAGUCGUGCGCCAGACUAACGACGACGAUGACAACGACGAGCACGGCGUCGUGUCUGCCGUGCUUCUCGGCGGAGGAGACGUCGACGUUGGGCACCGAUGACAAAGCGAGAUUCUGGCGACCGUCGAAGGACACCGCCGACGACCCCGCUGCGGUAGUCUCCGAAGCUCCUUGUAAUUCUCUACAAUCGUUCGCCAGUCACGCGGACACCUCACCUGGCACGGUAGAGCUUCCUAGAUCCUGCAGGACCGACGUCACCGCUUGCACCAAAAUCUCGACCAAAUGUUCAUCCAAGGAAACGUCGCAGAUCGGCAGGAAUCAGGCCAACGCGACGCAAAAGUGUCCCUCCGCUCAGAACUGCCCGAAUUUCUCCAAGAUCGGCAGAUCGCGGAGACCGCAAUCCACCUCGACCGGAAGUCUCAAUGUCGAAUCGUGUACAAGAGAAAAUUAUACGAAAACCGUGAAGAGGAUUGUCGCCGCUGAUCGAGAGCAGCAGACAGGUGGUGACAGAACUACGUGCGACGAGCAACAAUCCAAAUGUUCUCAGGCGUAUGCAGGCACCAAGUUAUCUUCCGCGACGUCUUCCGAAAUGAUUAGCCACUCGUCAGGCGGGAAGAGACCCGACAACGAGGAUUUCCUAGUGGACACGUGCGCGAAGAGUGCAUCCAACGUGUCGGCGACUGUAAACGAGUUGUUGUGCGUGCAUCAGAAGCCGGCGUCGAGGAUAGUCGACGUGAAAGACGGCGCCGGCGAUUCCGCGAUCGCCACCGCGACCUGCGAAGACGAUUCCUGCGUCGAUGACUUCGUCACCUCAACGCCGUCCAAGGACUGGACGCCUAGGAAGGUCAGCAGCGACGCGAUGCAGCAGAAUUGCGCGUCCUGCGCACCGCAGGAACUCCCCACGGAGCUACAGUCGUCCACGACGAAGAGCUUCAAGGAGAAGUGUCGCGAUCUUCCUUGGCGGCCCACGGAGAUGACGGAUAGCGGCGCGAUACACGGAUUGACAAUAUGCUCGGGCGAGACGUUCCAGGAUACGAGCUCAAAGAGGCGCACCGGGGCAUCCUGUCAGGCGCUCAGGCACGCCGUCGCCUCGUUGAAUCGUCUGGAUGACUUUUACAUGGAGAAGAUCGGCGCGGGUUUCUUCUCCGAGGUUUAUAAGGUUACUCAUAAAGUGUCGAGUCAGGUGAUGGUGCUUAAGAUGAAUCAGCUGCCGGCAAACAGGCCGAACAUGCUCAAGGAAGUCCAGCUUAUGAACCAGCUCAGCCAUCCGAACAUACUGAGGUUCAUGGGAGUGUGCGUGCACGAGGGUCAACUGCACGCGUUAACGGAGUACAUCAACGGCGGAAGCUUGGAACAGCUGAUUAUGUCACGACAUACGCCGUUACCGCACCUCAUCCGAAUGAACCUUGCCAAGGAUGUGGCCCGUGGCAUGGUCUACCUGCACAGUCGCGGUCUAUUCCACCGUGAUCUCACUUCGAAGAACGUGCUGAUCAAGAAGGACGAGUGUAACAACGAGAUGAUCGCAGUGGUGGGCGAUUUCGGGCUGGCCGCGAAGAUACCAGAUCCCAGCACGGGCUACAGACUCAGCACCGUCGGCAGCCCAUACUGGAUGUCGCCCGAGUGUCUCAAGGGCCAGUGGUACGAUCACAGAUCCGACGUAUUCUCAUUCGGCAUCGUCGUGUGCGAGCUGAUCGGCCGGGUGCCGGCGGAUCCGGACGUUCUGCCACGCUCAGAUAACUUUGGCCUCGAUUACCUGGCCGUGGCGGAGAUCUGCGCGGCUGCCGAUCCACCGCCCGCCUUCCUGCAACUUGCCUUCAAUUGCUGUACAUACGAACCUAAGUCUAGACCAACCUUUCCGGAGAUCACGACUAGUCUAGAGACCAUAAUAGCGACUUGCGAAGAAGAACUGAGGAACAACAUUGGUAAACGACAAUCGACUGUCGAUCCGACGCUGAUGUCCAGCAUGGAUGAAAUUGCGCGAGAAGGACGCACGACGAAGCGACGCACGGCAAAACUGAGAAGUCAAUCGGCGGAUGCGAAAGGUUGUGACAAUGCAACUCCUUCCGACAAGGCGAGGUGUCACUCCGCUAGGCGAGUAGCCGAGCUCGCCAGCAGACGGGAUCCACAUUAUAGACCAAUGACGGCGAAUCCAUUCCACGCAUUGGGAGGCGUCAAGAAGAUCCUUGGUGAUCUGUUCUCCAGUUGCCUGGAGCUACCCUCGCUAGAAGAUGUGCGGCCUAGCGUCACUGACAGCGCAUGUAGUAAGUUUAAGCCGGCGCAGAACGACAGCAUUGCCAAGAUCUUAGAUAGGAAAAAGCCAAGUUCCGAGCCGAGCAGCCCUACUGCUAGAAAGAAGUGGGAGAGGAAAGUUGCUACCAAGGUAGGAGCCGCGAGUCUGUUCACCCAUCCGCUCUUUCGAGACGGUUGGGAACCGCGAAGACGCGGCAGCUGCGAAUCAGGUUUCUGGAGCUGUGUCGGCGAGGAUCUGAGUCCAGAGCCACCGAACCGACGGCACACUUCGACUCUCAGCAGUUCAGCGGCAAGCAGCCUAUUUCUGCUGGAUGAUCAUCGAACCAGCUCGAUCUAUACAGACUCCUCCGAGGACAUUGCCAGCUUAGGUGGCGGCGACUCGUGCUGGGAAGAACGACUAAACGGCAUUGGUUCCUCAAGCAAGACCAUUUCGAAAAUUGUUGAAUACUUUGAGAGAAAGCAGGCGAUGGCGGGUCGGCUCGGCGAACACGGUGAUACCGCUGGUCCCAGCCGCUUGACCCUGCUGCGGGCCAGUCUGGAAGGGCCACUCCCUAUCAGCAGCAUCUCAGCCGCGCAACGGCUAGUCGUGUGCGAAGGUGCCGUACGUAGCAAACUCGCAUUAUUCGACAAGAAGUGAUAUUACGCUUGACAGUCAAACGACAUAAUAUCACUUCUUGUCGAAUAAUGCCAUAAGUUUCUUAUGGCAUUAACCAUCGAUGCUCAAAGAGCACGCGCGUGAAAAACGACACAACUCUUGGAGAGAGUUGGCCCCGUCGUCGAGGCUCAUCCUCGUUACUUGAGACGUUACACGAUAAUUAGAUAGGUAACGCGUUGCUACGCACGUAUAAUUAAGAGAGUGGAGAACAAAUGAUAGUUACAUUAAAGAUAAUAGUAAUCAAUCUUAUUGCACAUAUAAGAUUACAACAGGUAAAAAGGAAAGGGUUAAUAGCAUCAGCGCGUCAUGCGUGAUUUGUAGGCAAGAUAGUUGAUGCGCGCGCACGACGUGCUAAAGGACAUUUCUCUAAAAACCUAAUAACCUGACUGUGAUGUUUUUUGAUAAUCUACAUACAUACAUACAUAAUUGAACUGUACGACUGAAAUUUAGCGGAGCCAUCGGCAUACAGGAUCUUUUAUACGCUACAUGAAUCGCGUUUCAUGCACUCGGGCUAUAACGAGAUAUUGUUUGGAAAAGAAAGGGAGAGGGAGAGAGGACGAAGCAAUAGCGAAUUUCGUUUGAAAAAUGCGUUCGAGAUUAGCGCCAGCGUAGCGUUAAUCGAUUGCUCGCGAUCGACAUACGUUUUGCAGUGCCUCGCAGUUCCUAGAAACCAUCUCCGUCUUUAUGCACACGAACCGUGGAUAUUAUCGAUCACUAGAACAGAGCUAUUCAGAUGGACGAUGUGAGUGCAAAUUAUUUCUUUUUAUUUAAAUAGGCGAGUAGGCAAAUUAUCUUAUCUCGCCAUUCUUAAUUUUGUGGUUAAUAUUUGCAAUUAAUUUUGUCACUUUAUUACGCUUGUUUUUUUCUUUUUUCUAAUGUGUUAAUAUAAUGCACCUUAUCAAUUUUUAAUUCUAAAUUUUUAAUGUAAAGAUAUUUCAAAAUAUCGACCUCUUAUUGCAGCUAUUCUGAAUUUAUUACGAGUUAUAUUGAAAUGAAUAGAUUUUAUCAAACAUUUACAUAUAUAAUAAGAAUAUCAAAAUUUGUUGAGAAUUCAUUUUAAUAUUCAUCAAGUAUAACUUAUACUCUUAAUUUAUAAAACUAUGUUUUAAAAAUAUAGAUUAUUUGUAUAGAUUCAAAGUAUGCAAUUAUUUAAGAACUGAAGAAGACCAUUAUCAGUUUAUUUUGUUAAACACGAGGAUAAUGGCAUGCAGUAAAUUUAUGAUGAUAUGACGUACGAGAGGAAUUUUUUUAAAUUUCUUUUUUCUUCUGAUUAUCUAACAUGCUGCAAUGAGAGGUCAGAGGAUGAUUCAUUUACAGAGGCCUACGUUGCGUUUCGCAGGAUUCUCGUUUCGUUUUCGACUCGACAGAUUAACAUCUACGCGGCGCAACAUUUGUCGUCGGUGUGCUUACGCACUUUCGCAAUUUUGCGUGUCGUGACGUUAAUAGCUCGGGACGCGCGGUAUAAAGUGCCGGAGAGACACAUAACGAUAAUAUAUAUACAUAUAUAUUUUUUUGUUAAUAGAGAUAUUACAUACCGUGUCCUGGAUAUCCUUGUUAAAGGUGUUAUGCGGAACCGAGAGAAUUUGUGUCCACUUUAAAAAAAAAGAGAACAUAUGAAACUGAUCUAGUCAGUGUAUUAAUGUGGCGGCCUUAUCUUUUAUACGUUGUAGCGCUAAAAACUUAAUGUUUAAGGUGAAACGGCGAGCGUAAAAUGAGUGCGAGAUGAAACUGGGCUCCCCUAGUAGUGCGUAGUGGUUUUUUUAAUAUCAGGAUAUUUAUACAAUAGAAAACGCGAAAGUGAGAGCGAGUAUGAAACAAAGUGAAUUGAGGUGUAUUGCACCUGUGUGUGUCCGUGCUGCGGAAAGAAAGUGUACACGUCCAAAAUGAUAUACAUAGGUAGCUAGGACUGACACAUACACACACACACAUACGUACAUAUAUAUAUAUAUAUAUAUAUAUAUGUAUGUAUGUAUGUAUAAAUGUGAAUUGUUUCGUCAGACGGCGAGUCGAACCAAAUCUACGAUCGUAGAGUAAUAGAUUAAUAUAAUAUCUUUUUACUCGUCGAAGUUCGCUCACGGGUUUACAUAAGACUGUGCGUUCGUUAAGUAAUAUGUCGUAUCUAAGAUAGAGAAACUCGAAAUCGCGUCAACGACAUUCGCAGUCUCUUCUUCCUCGUGUACAAUAGGAUGCGCGUCGUAUACAGAGUUUUUUUUCUUUUCGUUCGUUUUAAUUUUCGCUCAUCGAGUCGGGGCCUUCCGUUUCUCCUCGAUCUGCGUCAAUCGGUACCUGAACAAUCGCAGCGAAGGAAUAACUGCGAACGAGUUAGUUCUUAAGCAUGCGGACAUAUCAGGAGUAUGCGCUGAGGUUUAACCCGAUCGAUAAAGCGCAAUAAAUGCGUUACAAAUGACAGAUGUUGCGGAUUAUGAGUGCGGAUGAGUGAGUGAAUGUGGAACGAGGGAAAGAAAAAGAGAAAAAAAAUUGAAAGCGAAGUUGACGGAUCGAGAGGCGCAUUUUAAAAAAGAAAUAUGGGUUAUUUAUUUAAAGUAAAAACAAUUAUAUUAAAGAUUAUAUAUAUAUAUCUAUAUCUAUAUAUAAAUCUACGCAAAAACAUCGUCUCUUCCAUAUUUUUCAAUUGUUAGUCUAAAAUGUCUCUUCUCACUGUAUAUAUUUAUUAUGUUACGAGGGGAUACACACCCGGAUAUCUCGGACUCCCUCGUGAUUAACCGCGUUGGUCGACGAGAUAUAUACACAAAAGUUAACAGUAAGCGCACUAUGAACGAUUUUCGUGAUCACUGAUCACUGGUCACUAACUUACAAAUUGGAAUAUAAAUAAGCGCGAGAAAAAAAGAAAAAAACAAUGGCGAUGAUGGCGCGAUGAUAAUAAUAGUUGUAAUGAUUUAUAGUAAAAGAUGAAGCUAUUAUAUAUACAUAUAUAUGUAUAUGUAUAUAUGUAUAUAUAAAUAGCUGUGUAAAAAAUCCUAUAUAUAUAUACAAAGGUAAUAAAGUUAAGGGUUCCCAA